AUGGUGGGAGAGAAGUUGUUGCUCAGGGUUUCACCCAUGAAGGGUGUUAUGAGGUUCGGGAAGAAUGACAAGUUGAGCCCUCGAUGUAUUAGCCUUUUUGAGGUGCUUAAGAGGAUUGGAGAGGUGGCUUACCAGCUUGCAUUGCCACCUAGUCUAUCGAGUGUUCACCUAGUGUUUUAUGUUUCCAUGAUCCAGAAGUAUUUCGGUGAUUCGUAUCAUGUUUUGGACUUUAGAACGGUUCACUUAGAUGGGGAUUUGACUUAUGAUGUGGAGCCGGUGGCCAUUUUGGAUCAACAUGUUCCAAAGUUGAGAUCAAGAAUAUAG